UGUAACGACAGGUCAUGCUGAGUCAAGUGGAGUCGGUUUGUCACCGGAGGUCAUGCAUUCAAGAGGUCAUUCACCCUGGAGUGGCAGCAGAGACACCAGGUCUGGGCGUGUGCUAAGGGCAGAGCUACCAAAUGGGCCCCCGCUGCCGUGAGCUCUGUACGUGGAUUUCCUACCACAACCGGGCAUUCCUGGGGAUUGCUCCCGUGCAAGGACUGCCCCAGGUUCCCGAGAGGAGGAAGAGGAAAGCACAGAAAGCAGGGCUGCACCACCCAGCCUGAGGUCCCAGGAAUCCCAGAUUCAAGCCCAGAAACAUCUCAACCAAGAGCAGAGACAUGGACCACAGUGUGGAGGGAGCUGCAGCCAGCCCUGAGGUGCCCCAGGAACUUCUGGAAGAAAUGAUUUGGUUUUUUCGUGCAGAAGAUGCGACUCCUUGGAAUUAUUCCAUCCUGGUUCUGGCAGCCCUGGUGGUGGUGAUAAGCAUGGUCCUCCUGAGGAGGAGCAUCCUGGCAAACAGAAAUCGAAAGAAGCAGCCACAAGACAAGGAAACACCACAAGUCCUGCACCUAGAUGAUUCCAAGAUGAAAGAACUCAGCAGCCUGAGCAACCUCAGAGAGACACUGAUCUCAGAGAAGCCCUGCGUGCCCCCGGAGGAAACAGAGCUGAAUGAGACUGCACCAAAGGUCUUUCUACCAGAUCCGCAGGAAACCGAGAGCUAGUGAGCGUUGAGAAAACACACUACCCCAGCCAGACACAUGACUGUGAUCUGAACUCAGCUCUGUGGCCUCAAACCUCUCAGGUUAGACACUCCCCUCCAAGCAGCCUAACUUAUUUUUAGCAGACACAAUAAACAAACUUCGCCCAGAUGAAAA